UGUAAGCAGGCCACUGAAGGGCCUUGUAACACACCUAAACCAGGUUUGUUCGAUUCGAUCAAUAAGGCCAAAUGGGAUGCACGGAAUGCUCUUGGCAAUCUGCCCAAGGAAACUGCUAGGCAGAACUAUGUGGAUUUGGUGUCUGGUUUGAGGUCUUCGUCUGACUUCUCUAGCCAAGUGAAGCCUGAAGCAGACAGGAAACAAGCUGGAUAUGAAACACGGGUGAUGACCUCUGAAGACCGCAUCACAAAGAUCAUGUUGAACCGGCCUGCCAAAAAGAAUGCACUGACCACACAGAUAUAUCGGGAAAUCACGCUUGCACUUGAUGACUCUACCAUAACUGUUUUUACAAGAAGUGGUGAUUAUUACUCUAGCGGAAAUGAUCUGACUAAUUUCACUGAUAUUCCCCCUGAAGGAGUAGAGGAGAAAGCUAAAAAGGGUGCCAUUUUACUGAGGGAUUUUGUAGGCUGUUUCAUAGAUUUUCCUAAGCCUCUGGUUGCAGUGGUUAAUGGUCCAGCUGUGGGAAUACCCGUCACCAUUCUCGGCCUAUUUGAUCUUGUGUAUGCAUCCGGCAGGACAACAUUUCACACUACUUUAAGUCACCUUGGCCAAACUCCAGAAGGAUAUUCCUCUUACACUUUUCUGAAGAUAAUGGGCCCAGCCAAGGCAGUAGAGAUGCUCAUUUUUGGGAAGAUGUUAACUGCUGGAGAAGCCUAUGCUCAAGGACUUGUUACUGAAGUUUUUCCUGAUAGCACCUUUCAGAAAGAAGUUUGGACCAGGCUGAAAGCAUAUUCAAAGCUCCCCUGGAAUGCUACGUGUAUUUCGAAACAGAUCAUCAGAAAUCAUGAGAAGGAAAAGCUGCACGCUAUUAACGCUGAAGAAAGCAACAUCCUCCAGGAAAGAAGAUGGCUGUCAGAAUGCAUGAAUGCAGUCAUGAACUUCUUAACCCGAAAAGCCAAGCUGUGA